AUGACUAAAACAAUUGCCAAAUGUGUUCAUAUAUUACCACUACUACUACUACUACUAGUAGUAGUUAUUUUUGUGGUCAUCAUAACUACCGGUGCUAACUGUGCUAUAGUUGACCGACACAAUCAUCAGCAACAACCUAACCGGCCGGAAAAUUAUGAUAUUAGUCGUCCACAAAAUUUACGUAAACUAUUGCAAGUCUACAACAACAAUGGCCGCCAACAAACUAAAGUACAAUACUAUAAUAACUGUCCGAUUAGGGAACGGGAGAAGAUGUCUCAGUGCGAUAGCUAUGCGGCCGAUGACUGGGAUGUACGUGAAGUACAACAGGACUAUUCAUCCCGGAGCUACUGUUGCUAUCAUUGGCAAUCGUUGAAAUGUAAACUAAAAAUAGCCAAACGUUGCGAUAUUAACUAUGCUAAUUGGCUUGAGCAGGAUACUGACCAACGAUUGGGAUCCCUGUGCUACUAUCACGGCCGAUACAGUGCCUCCUGUGCCCUGAGAUGGUGGCAUAUUAUAUUCAUAGUCAUCGGUGGUCUACUAUUGUUGAUCGGAUUGGGCUAUUUUAUAUGGUGGGCCUGCAAGAUUAGACGGGAAAAUCGUUAUAGAUAUUAA